ACUCAAUUGUAGACAGAGGAUCGUCCAUUUGGCUGUGAGACACUGAUACAAGAGAGGAGAAGAGGAGAAGGAGGAGGCUGCGUCUGCAAGCCAGAUUUAGGCGUUUGGACCGAGAAGGCAAGAGCGCAGGUAGUCAAGUCUUGUUGGACUGAUUACACGCAACCUGCUCCCUCGUUCAAUCGUCUAAUUGAUGAUUGACCUCGGGCCUGGGAAGUAGUGAAUCAAGCCUGCGACGGUGCGCAAGGAAGGAUGCCGUUGCAUCGCCUGUACACAUGAAACUCAAACCCUACAGGAAUAAUGGUCUCGUGCAGCGAUCGCUAUGCCAUUGCCGGGUGAUGAUCGAGAACGAGAUUCACAGAUUGUCAAAAGUUGGAUCGAUAGAUGCUGAGUGCGAGCGAAGUAGCUUGUGAAUCAAAAUGGCUCCGGGAUCCAGCUCGGGGACGGAGAAGGUGAAGGCGAGCAACGAUUAUAUUGCUGGAGUUGCAGCUGGGGUGGCGACGGUGCUCAUUGGACAUCCUUUUGACACCAUCAAGGUCAAAUUGCAGACUCAGCGAAGGAACGCUCAGGCUUCUCAAUAUCGGAAUGGGGUCCACUGUUUAAUGCAGAUUGUUCGUGGAGAAGGGGCGAGAGGACUAUACAGAGGAGCCACACCUUCUUUCGUCGGCAUGUCUUUGGAGAGCGCCCUGCUCUUUGGCAUAUACACACAAUUGAGAAGUACAUUCCAGGCAGGAGAUGAGAAAUCGCCACUUCUGUACUCUGUUCUGCCCGCUGGAUUUCUAGCUGGAGCAAGUGUUAGUACAGUUCUCUGUCCCACAGAGCUGGUCAAGUGUCGACUCCAAGCGCAAGUCAAGCGAGGUAGUGCAGGUGGCCGCAGCCUCAAAGUAUACGACGGGCCUGUAGAUUGUGUUUUGAGGACAUUAAGAAGUGAAGGAGUGCAAGGUCUAUUUCGUGGAUUGACGGCGACUUUUGCAAGAGAAGCGUUCGGGAAUUCAGCAUUUUUUCUCACUUAUGAGUUUACUCGGAGUCACAUGCUGUCACGCUUAGGCCUCCAAACGAACAGGGUUGUCAAGGACAGAGAUGAAGCUCUGGUGGAAAGGGGUAGCACGAGCUCAAUGUAUACGAACCACCUGAUGGAGGCUGGAGUUGGUAUCGCGAGUGGAGGGCUUGCAGGAAUAGCGUUCUGGCUUGUUGUACUGCCUAUCGAUGUUGCUAAAACACGGAUACAAAUCUCGGAGGAAUCACAUCAAAGCCGUAACCCGCUUGUACAUUUGAGAGCUAUACACAAGGACUUGGGCAUACGAGGACUGUAUGCAGGCUUGGGUCCUACAUUGAUCAGAGCUUUCCCGGCAAAUGCAGCAUCUAUUGUAACUUGGGAAGUUGUUUCCAAAUUCUUGGCAGGAAAUUUUUAAUUGUAAAGUUUUGCCAUGCUUGCAACCAUUUUUUGGCCCUGUAAU